ACCACCACAUUUGUGUCUGCCUCUACAGCAUCACUAUAUCAUCAUCACUCAGAAAGGAGAAGCAAAUCAAUCUAUGGCUCAAGUGCGCAUCCAAAACUUUGACCUGCAGAUUAAAAGCAACAACACAGAUCACCGGACUGAUGAGAUCAGUACAAAACGUCUAAUACUGAGACGUGGACAGCAAUUUAAAAUCCGUCUGGACAGAGGUUUUGAGUUGAACAGUGAUAAAAUUACAUUUAUUGUCGACACAGGAACUCCAAAUCUGAGAAAAUAUGAAACAAAGAAACUCUUUGGCUUGUCAGAUGGGUUCAUUAAAAAAGACUGGAGUGCAUCCAUUCUAAGCAAAGAUACCUCUUCCAUGGAAAUAAAGAUUGUACCUCCAGCAGAUGCAGUCAUUGGACUUCACACCCUGGACAUGCAAAUUUCUGCUCUCAAAGAACCCCUAAAAUAUCACCUUGGGGAAUUCAUAAUACUUUAUAAUGCUUGGUGUACAGAGGAUGCUACUUUCAUGGAGAAUGAAGAUGAGAGAAAAGAGUAUAUCAUGAAUGAAUAUGGUUUCAUUUUUGUGGGCAAUUCAAACUACAUCAGCAAACGUCCAUGGAUCUAUGGACAGUUUGAUGAAGAUAUAGUAGACAUUUGCCUGAAACUACUGGAUAAAAGUCUGGAGAGCCAUAAAAAUGCUCUAGAGGACUAUUCUAGGAGAAAUGAUCCUGUGUACGUCAGCAGAGUGCUAAGUGCCAUGAUCAACAGCAUUGAUGACAAUGGUGUAAUGGAAGGCAGAUGGUCAGAACCAUAUGAUGAUGGAACAAGUCCUACAAAGUGGAAUGGAAGCAGCUCUAUUUUGCGUCAGUGGUUUUCAAGUGGGUGCCAGCCCGUAAAAUAUGGACAGUGCUGGGUCUUUGCAUCAGUCUUGUGUACAGCACUAAGAUGUCUGGGGAUCCCAACACGAGUGGUAACAAACUUUGACUCAGCCCAUGACACCGAUGGAAAUCUUUAUAUUGACCAAUACUUUAACAUCAAAGACAGGAUGAUUUCAAAAGACACACGCGACAGUAUUUGGAAUUUUCAUGUCUGGAAUGAGAGCUGGAUGGAGCGAAGGGAUUUACCGCCUGGAUACAGUGGGUGGCAAGUGUUAGAUGCAACACCCCAGGAAGAAAGCAAUGGUAUAUAUUGCUGUGGACCUGCUUCUGUAAAAGCCAUUAAAGAAGGGGAUAUUCAUCUUGAUUACGAUGGUCCUUUUGUGUUUGCUGAGGUCAAUGCUGACAUUAUUCAAUGGGUUAUUGGCCCAGAUAAAUCUAAACCAGAAAGGUUUUUCCAUGACAGUUAUUCAGUUGGAAUACAAAUCAGCACUAAGAAUGUCGGGAAUGAUGGGCGAAUGGAUAUUACUCAUAAUUACAAACAUGAUGAAGGAUCAGAAAAAGAAAGGCUUGUGUUUAAAAAAGCCUUAGAAAAGAAGAACAAUCCAGGUGGCCAAGACUCCGUCAACCAAGUUCCUGGCACUCCUGCUCCAAAUCCUCCUCUUACAGAUAUUGGAUUAAAUAUGAAACUGAAGUUAAAAGAUCCUCCAGUUUUUGGUCAGGAUGUCCAGCUAAUUGUUUUGAUUACAAAUCUGACAUCUCAAAAGAAAAAACUAAACAUUAAUAUUAAUGCUCAGACCAUGGAGAACAACGGCACAAACAUGAAGCUAAUAUGGCAAAAAUCAGAUUUCAUUAAAAUAAAACCAAAAGAAGAGUACACUGCUCUGCAGCUGAUUCCUUACUCAGUGUACAAGCUGUUCCUCAGUGACAGUAACCUGCUGAAGGUAUCUGCAGUAGGAGAACUGACGGACAGCAGGGAAAAGCUUUUGGUUGAGAGAAGAAUUACAUUGGAUUCCCCCACCCUGCAGGUUGAGGCAGUCCCUCUGCAGACUCCAACAGUAAUCGGCCAUCAUGUGACGAUCCCACCUUCCUUGAUAUCUUUCUUCCAUUACCUGGAUAUCCUGGUAGAACCAUUCACCCUGUUCUUCGCUUAAAUCUCGUAGACUGGACAGGAAGUGAUCUAAAUGGCUGUACAAAAAAAUGUACUUUAAUACUCAUGUUGGCACCUACUUUGUUGAAGCAUUUUAGCAUGUUGUGGACUAAUUCCUGAUAGUUGUCUGCCUUGUGAUUGCCUAAAAUUUUUUGAAUGACAGACACAUAACUCAGUAAUGCUUCAGAUUCGAUUUCAGUCAUAGAUGUGGUAAAAUUUGGAUCCUUCACCAGUUUCCGUAUCUGUGGGGGAUCAGUACUAAAUGCCGCCGGCCGGAAUCCCGGCGGUCAAAAUACCGAAGCCG